CUCGAGGCCGGGACGGGGCGCACAGCCCUUCGCGGAGGGUGGGGUCGAGAAGGCGGCAGGCGGGGCGCGCUCGGACCUCCGCUCCUCACGCGGGGCGUUCGCAACCCGGACUUCGCGCCGCGGGGAAUCUUGGUGGUGUGUGUGGCCUGCUAGGUGAGGAGAAGCCACGGUUACUGAGGUUUGUCGUUCACAGAAAAAUGGAUCAUUUAAACCUUUGGAGGACUCACUUAUCACAAUACAUCUAUACUACCAACUGAGAUUUAUGACAGUAAAUUUAUGACAAAUUUCUGCAUUGUAGAACCAUUGAAGAACUAAAAGGAUAGUCUUUAUAAAAAUAACCCAGUAGUAUCAAAUUACUAGGUAAAACUAAACAACAAUUAUUAAAUUAUUAGACUUGUUAAUACAAGCACACAUGUGCAGCAGCUACUGUAUACUGAUAGUCAGACCUCAAAUUUAAAUGGUUUCCCAUUGUGGGAAGUCAUUAUAUCUGUACCCACAGAUUACUGUCAUUAAAUAUAUUUUCAGCUAAGUGUCAUUUAGGUGACUUUUCUUGAAGCAAGAUCUAGAAAGUUCCAAGUCCCACCACAGUGGAUUUGAUAUUAUGGCAGCAACUUACCGACUUGUAGUUAGUACUGUGAACCACUACAGCAGUGUGGUAAUAGAUCGACGUUUUGAGCAAGCUAUACAUUAUUGCACUGGAACCUGCCACACUUUCACACAUGGAGUUGACUGCAUUGUGGUACAUCAUAGUGUUUGUGCAGACCUCUUGCACAUCCCUGUGCCUCAGUUCAAAGAUGCAGAUCUGAAUUCUGUGUUUCUACCCCAUGAAAAUGGGCUUUCCUCAGCUGAAGGUGACUAUCCCCAUCAGGUCCUUACAGGCAUACCUAGAGUCAAGAGAACUUCUACAUUUCAGAAUAGCUGUAACUUAAAGGACAUUGCAGGAGAAGCAAUCAAUUUUGCCAGUGGAAAAAUAAAGGAAUUUUCCUUUGAAAAACUAAAAAACUCUAACCAUGUGGCUUACAAAAAGGGAAGGAAAGUUAAGUCUGACUCAUUUAAUAGACGGUCAAUUGACUUUGACUUGCUCUGUGGCCAUUAUAACAAUGAUGAGACCUCUCCAUCCUUUGGUUUACUCCGGAGUUCUUCGGUUGAGGAAAAAUCUUUGUCCCAUAGAAACUCACUUGAGACAAACUUAACUUCAAUGCUUCUUCAAAACUUCUCUGAAGAAGACCUGGUUACUCAGAUUUUGCAAAGACAUAAAAUAAAUAAUUUUUCUUCUGCCACAGACAUAAAAAUGUGUUUAGACAUCUUACUGAAAUGCUCUGAGGAUUUGAAAAAAUGCACAGACAUCAUAAAACAAUGCAUAAAGAAAAAGUCAGGAGGUACCAUCAGCGAAGAAAGUGGUAAUGAUACUAUUCCUAGUUCUGAAACUGUCUAUAUGAAUGUAAUGACCAGGUUAGCAUCCUACCUGAAAAAGUUACCAUUUGAAUUCAUGCAAUCUGAAAAUAAUGAGUCCAUAGAUUUAACAGAACUAGUCAGUAAUAUGCCUAGUUUACAGUUAACUCCCUUCUCACCAAUAUAUGGCACUGAACAGCCCCCUAAAUAUGAAGAUGUUGUCCAGCUCUCAGCCCCUAACUCUGGGCAAUUUCAAACUAUUGAAUUGCAAGAUGACAAGCAUAAUUCUAGGAAAAUGGACAUUGUAAAAACCAUUCCAAACAACUCUACAAAUUCCUUAUAUAGCUUGGGAGUAAAUGAUCUCAGAACUUUAAAAGCUGCCCAGCUUCAGUCACCAUCAUUAACCAUGAACCCUGUGGAGAAUGUUUCUUCUGGAGACUUAAUGGAAACUCUUUAUAUUGAAGAAGAGUCAGAUGGAAAGAAGGCAUUAUUAAAUAAAGGAGAAAAGACAGAGAAUGGACCCAGUCACAAGUUGUUAAAAGUAAAUGAACAUAGUGCAGAAUUUUCAGACCAUGGUACUCAUCUUAAAAAUUCUUGUGCCACAAUACAAAAUGAAAUUGGUAAGAUAUUUGAGAAACCAAUUUUUCAUCCAGCUGAAGAAGACCCUAAAUCAAAAGUUCCUAAAGUGGAAACAGGAGACCAGGGAAACUUUAUUAACUCCAACAGUCAGAAAGAGAUAGAUAAAUUGUUAAUGGAUUUGGAAUCAUUUUCACAGAAGAUGGAGACCUCUCUAAGAGAGCCACUUGGCAAGGGUAAAAACUCCAGUUCUCUAAAUAGUCACGGUCAUUUGACUAGUCAGCUCCCUGUAGACACUGAACCUAAAUCUAAAGUCUCUUCACCUGUGGAAAAAGUCUCACCUUCUUGUCUAUCAAGAAUUAUUGAAACCAAUGGACACAAAAUAGAGGAAGAGGAUCGAGCCCUCUUGCUGCGAAUUCUGGAAAGUAUUGAAGAUUUUGCUCAAGAACUAGUUGACUGCAAAUCAGGCAGAGGUAGCCUAUCUCAGGAAAAAGAAAUGAUGCAAAUUCUCCAGGAAACCUUGACAACUUCCUCUAAGGCCAAUUUAUCAGUCUGUAAGGGUCCUGUUGGUGAUAAACCCAAAGACACUACUUCAAUGGUUUUGAUUCAGCAGACUCCAGAAGUGAUCAAGAUUCAAAAUAAACCAGAAAAGAAACCUGAAAUACCACUUCCAUCUCCAGCCACCUUUUCAAGUAGUCCCCAACCUCAUUCUCCUAUUCCUGCUGUGAAUAAUGUUGUGAAUCCACCAUUAUCCAUAAACAUUCCACGGUUCUACUUUCCUGAAGGACUCCCAGAUACUUGCGGUAACCAUGAACAGACUCUAAGCAAAAUUGAAACUGCUUUUAUGGAUAUUGAAGAUCAGAAAGCAAACAUUUGUGAAAUAGGGAAGAUCGCAAAGAUCUGUGGCUGUCCUCUCUAUUGGAAAGCCCCCAUGUUUAGGGCUGCAGGGGGUGAGAAGACAGGAUUUGUGUCAGCACAAUCAUUCACUACUGUGUGGAGGAGAGUCCCCAAGUGGAAACAUCUGUCAAAUAAUUUGAGGUUGCUGAAUAACCAUCAUGAUGAUGCCUCUAAGUUCAUCUAUCUUCUGGCAAAACCUGGCUGCAGCUCUCUAGAACAAGAAGAUUUUGUCCCUUUACUUCAGGAUGUGGUGGAUACACACCCUGGCCUUACGUUCCUGAAAGAUGCUCCCGAAUUCCACUCCCGCUACAUCACCACAGUUAUUCAGAGAAUAUUCUACACAGUCAACAGAUCUUGGAGUGGAAAAAUUACUUCAACAGAGAUAAGAAAAAGCAACUUUUUGCAAACUCUAGCCCUUUUGGAAGAAGAAGAAGAUAUAAAUCAAAUCACAGAUUACUUCUCCUAUGAACAUUUUUAUGUUAUUUAUUGUAAAUUCUGGGAACUAGAUAGUGAUCAUGACCUGUACAUCAGCCAAGCAGAUCUCUCUCGAUACAAUGACCAGGCUUCAUCAAAUAGAAUAAUUGAAAGAAUAUUCUCUGGGGCAGUAACAAGAGGAAAAACUGUGCAGAAAGAGGGAAGAAUGAGCUAUGCAGAUUUUGUUUGGUUUUUGAUCUCUGAGGAAGACAAAAGGAACCCCACCAGCAUUGAGUACUGGUUCCGCUGCAUGGAUGUGGAUGGAGAUGGAGUGCUCUCCAUGUAUGAGCUGGAAUACUUCUAUGAGGAGCAAUGUGAACGGAUGGAAGCCAUGGGCAUUGAGCCCUUGCCGUUUCAUGAUCUGCUUUGCCAGAUGCUUGACCUGGUGAAGCCAGCCUGUGAUGGCAAAAUAACUCUACGAGAUCUGAAGAGGUGCCGAAUGGCUCACAUCUUCUAUGACACUUUCUUUAAUCUGGAAAAAUACUUGGACCAUGAACAGAGAGAUCCCUUUGCAGUCCAGAAGGAUGUUGAGAACGAUGGGCCUGAGCCUUCAGACUGGGACAGGUUUGCUUCGGAGGAGUACGAGACUCUUGUUGCAGAGGAAUCUGCCCAAGCACAGCUCCAGGAAGGUGUCAACAGCUAUUGUGAGAACAUUUGUGACUAGCAACUGUGAGCAAGUGAGAACAAGCCACAUGUAUGGUCUCUAAUGGAAGUAGGAGGGAAGCACAUUUGCCAUAGUUCCCAUGAGUACCCAGUUGGUAUACCUAACCUUCACCCUAAUCGCUAUUUCUCUAUUUCCAUCAAAAUCAUUAUCUUAAAUUACCAUAAAUGUGUUUACUUACUGUUUCAUUUACUUAAAUAUGAAGUCAAUAAGACCAGUGAUUCUCUGUGUUGUUUAAUAUAGUAUUUCCAAUGUCUAGACAACUACUAUUAUUUGUUAAAGAUCCUUAUUCCUUUCGAUCUAGGGCACUUUGAAGAUGAUGUACAUCACUAUAAUACUUGGAUUAUUUUGCCUUAUAAAAACAGAAUGUUGUUAAAUGCGUGCUAUUUUGUGUAAAUUUGCCAUUCUGAAUUUGUCUUGUGUUAUAAAAAGUGAAACCAUGAUGAGUCAUGGACUCGGUUCUCCCCAAAUCCCUAAUCAGAAUCCCACCAGUCUUUUGUUGGAUAAAUUAAUAAGCUGAUCCUAAAAUUUAUACAGAAAUGAAAAGCACAUAGAAUAGCCAAAAAACAUUUUUAAAAGAACAAAGUUGAAGGACUGAGGCUUCUUAAUUUCAAAAUUUACUAUAUUGGGCUGGAGAUGGGGCUUAUUACGUAGCACAUGCACAGCCCUGGGUUUGAUUCCAACCCGGGAUCACAAAAAAACAACACUUACUAUAAAGCAAACAAUAAUCAAGACAUGUUAGCAUGGUAAAUAUACACACAUAAAAAAGAAAUACUCCAAAAUCAUAUAUAAUCAUAUAUAUGAAGAACUAAUUUUCAACCAAAGGAAAAAGGAUAGUGUCUUCAGAAAUGAUCCUGAGGGGGCCAGGGAUUUAGCUCAAUGGUUUCACCGCCUGCUGUGCAAGCGCAAGGACCCAAGUUCAAUCCCCAGUACCAAAAAAAAAAAAAAAUGAUCCUGACCCUGAUGGCCAGGGAUGUAGCUCAGUGGAGCCGCACCUGUCUGGCAAGUGCAAAGUCCAGAGUUCAAUCCCCAGUAUCACCAAAAAUGAUCCUGAAAUAAAUGGAAUUAAUGGAUAUUAAUGUAAACUCAAAAUUACAGACCCAACUGUAAGAACUGAAGGUAAAAAACAUCUAGAAUAUGAUGUAGGAAAAAUCUUCAUGAGCCUUCUGGCAAAAACAAUAAAAAAUGACAAAUUGGACUUCCUUCAAAGUUAAAAACUAUUGCUCUUCAAGACACUUUUAAGAAAAUGAAAAGAUUGAGAGAAAAGAUUUCUAAAACAUUUUGAUAAAAGAUUCAUAAUCCAGAAUAUAUAAAGAACUCUUGCAACUCAAUAAUAAAGACUAAUAACCCAAUUUUAAAUAGGUGAUAUGACUAAAUGCUACAUAAGAGGUACAAAUAGCAAAUAGGCAUAUAAGAUACUCUAUCACUAGGCAUUAGGAUAAUACACAUUAAAAGCACAGUGAUAUAUAUUACACAGCCACCAGAACAACUGAAAUCACUAGUCAGCAGUGAUGUAGAGAAACUGGAACCUUUAUGCACCAGGCUGAUGGGGUUGUAAAAUUAUACAACCUCUUAAAUGUUGGGCAGUUUCUUAAGAAGCUAAAUGUCUAGUUACCAUUUGAAUCAGUAAUUCUAUCCUAGAAAUCUCCCAUGAAAAGCACUUCCCACUUUUACAGGAAUGUUCAUUGCAGCAUUAUUCUUAGUAGUCUCAAACUAGAAUAAUACAUAUGUCCAUCAAACUGGGAAUCUGAUAAAACAGCACAUGUCCAGACAGUGGAAUUCUCUUCAGCAAUAAAAUAAUGAACUGUUGAUAAACACAAUAUGGAUUGAACUGGGAUAAACUGAAUGAAAGAAGCUAGACCAGGAAAAAAUAUGUAGUGUAUAAUUCCAUUUAUAUAAAAUUCUAAAAAAGUGCAUACUAAUCUAUAGUGACAGUACAUAUCAGUGGUUGCCUGGGAAGGAGAAUAAUGAUCACAAAUGACAUUAAACUGUGGUAGAGGAGAAGGUAUUUUCAUUUUCUUGAUCAUAAUGAUAACUUCACAGAUGUACACAAGGGUUAAAACUUAACACAUUAGGUGGACAUGGUGGCACACACCUGUAAUCCCAACACUUGGGAGGCUGAGGCUGGAGGAUUGCCACAAGUUUAAGGCCAGCCUAGGCUACAUAGUUCAAGGCUAGUUUGAACUACAUAGUGAGACUCUGUCUCAAACACACAAAACAAAGAAAAACUUAUAUACAUUCAGUUAACAGUUUGAUGUGUAUCAGUUAUACCUCAGAAAUAAAAGGAAUUAACUACUAAUAGUUGCAACAUGAAUGAAUCUCUCAGAAACAUCAUUUCCUUGUGAAAGCCAAAUAAUGAAGACUUCAUAUUAAAUGAUUCCAUAUAUAUGAAAUUCCUAGAUAAAGCAAAUUUAUAGCACCAGUAAGCAGAUCCGAGUUCAGGAGUGAGAAUAGAGCCUGCAUUCAAACAGUACAAGAAAGAAGAGGGGUAGACAGGGAGACAACAGCAUUCUAAAAGUGGUGACAGUCGCACAAUUGCAAAUGUUCAUUAAGAUGCACUAAACAACUGAAAAAAAUUUUAAAGCAAGAGCCAAAAAUUUUUUUUUAAUUUGGCAGCAAUUUUUAAAAAGAUGAUUUUUUAAAAGAUCAUUCAGCAACUGUUUGCAUUCCUAUUACAUACUGAGCAUUAUUGGAUGUGAUGAACCCAGGAUCCCUGCCCCAGGGGGAAAGACAGAUGCAAUUAAAAAUACAUACCCAUGUCUCAUAAAGGGGUCACACCUCAGAAACACCGCACACUAUGGUCACUUGGCAGGAAGACAAGCACUUUCGGACAUUUGCUCGUAGAAACAUAUUGGGCCAGUGUCCCUGGAAAUUAAUUUGACAGUAUGUAGGAACCACCUGAAUUUAUACCCUUUGACUCCCUAAUUAUAGAUAUCUAUCACAAAUAAUCGGAAAUUUAUGUAGGAUUGUUCUGUUCAUUUAAUAGGCAUUGACCACUGGUAAUUCUAAAAUAAAAAUUGUGGAGCAGCACAAAUGUUUUAAUAAUGGAAUCAUUAAAGAAGUCAUGGUAUCUGUGUGUCACAACACUGUACAGCCAUUUAAAUGUUCUGCUUGAAAAGUUUUAAUUUUAUAGAAAUAGGACUACAAAACGUGACAGUCUCAGUAUUGGAAAGUGUGUGUGUGUGGCCAGGCACCAUGGUACAUGCCUAUGAUCCCAGAUACUCAGGAGGACUACACGUUUGAAGCCAGCCUGGGCAACUUCUCAAGAUCCUUUGUCAAAAUGAAAAAGGGGCUAGAGAUGUAGCUCAGAAUCAGUCCUUGCAGAGCAUGGAUUCAGUUCCCAGUGGCACACAAAAAAAUGUGUAUGUAUGCACACAAACUAAAAGAUGAUAUCCCAAAACAUUAACAGUGACUAACUCUGGGCAGUAAGGUUCCAAGUAAUUUGGGGUUUUUAUACUGUUCUAUAACUUAUAAGAUUCAUAUAAUGAAUGUAUAUCACUUUAAAAAACAGGAAAAGCUUUUUUUUCCUCCUUCAUCUGUUUACAUAGGUGAUAAACAUUCCCUGUAGAACAGUUAGAAUAUAAAAGUCUUCACCUAAAAUCUACUACCCACACCACCUGUAAUCCCAGCACUUGGGAGACUGAGGCAGGAGGAUCACUGCAAGUUCAAGGCCAGCCUGAACUAUAUAGUGAGACCCUGUCUAAAAACAAGUCCACCACCCAGAGACAGCCUGAUUUAUCACUUUGGAAAGUGCUACUUAUAUACAAAUAAUCUGUUUUACAAAAAUCAUAUUUAUUCAUAUUACCUUGUGACCUGCUUCAAAAGAAGGAGAAAAUGGAUAGUAGGUCUAAACACUUAUAGAAAUAUGUUUGAAUAAAAACAAGAGAAUUUAAUGACAGAUAACAAUGAAUGGUUCAAGCAAAAAAAA